AUGGCCGCACAACAAUCACAGGGCAUUCAAACCCUCCUCGAGGCUGAGAAGGAGGCCGCCAAGAUUGUUCAGAAAGCACGAACCUACCGAACACAGAAGCUCAAAGAUGCACGAAACGAGGCCUCCAAGGAGAUUGAGCAGCUCAAGUCGAAGAAGGAGCAGGAGUUCAAGGAUUCUCAAAAGGAGCACGAGGGCAAGACCAACAGCUCGCAGUCCGAGGUAGACAAGGAGACCGAACAGAAGCUCGAGGAGCUCAACAAGGCGUUCGAGUCGAACCGCGAAGACGUCAUCAACAAGCUGCUCGAUCGCGUCGUCGAUGUCAAGACCGAGCUCCACAGGAACCUUCAACUCAAGCAACAGCAGAAGGAGCACAACCAGCAGCAAGAACAGAAGGCUUGA